CAUAAAAGCAAAACUUUUCAUUGACAUAACACGGCGUCAAGUUCAAGUGUUUUCUUUUUAUCCAUAGAUAACUUAAUGGCCGGUGGGCUAUGUAACAGGGAAUAAUCAUCACUUUAUCUUCAUUAUAAAAGUGAAAUCUCACCUAGCACACAGAAUUCAAAAUUUCCAUCUUCCAAAAGCAAUUGUUGUUGCCACUCCAGGACCUAGAAGUAAUGAAAAGACUAAAGAGGGGUUUAAAAAAGAAAAAUAAAUAAAAAAGGGGCGAAAGUCAAAACUAACAGCCAAAAGAGCAAAAGAAAAAUAAAAAUAAAGGAGGAGCCGCACCGCAUCGUUCAUAAGCUCUCCGAUUAUGAGUGGGGCGGCAGUGCAGGGGUGGCCAGCAACCAUUUUCAGAAGGAACCCUAUUAAUCGGAGAAAUUGCUUAUUAGUAACUAUUAUGUUUGGAAUUUCUUAUGGAGAAUUGUUCCUCCUCCUUGGAGCCACCGCUGCAUUAAUCGGACCAAAGGAUUUACCAAUAAUAUCCAGAACAGCUGGGAGAUUAGCAGGUCGAGCUAUUGGCUAUGUCCAGUUGGCUCGUGGCCAAUUAGAGAAUGUUAUGCAGCAAUCUCAAGCUCGCCAGGUCCAUAAGGAACUCCAAGAUACAAUGGCUCAGCUUGAAGCCAUUCGUCAUGAAAUUCGAAGCGUUUCUAUCUUGAAUCCUGGUCCAUUAACUCGGAGGCUUGUUGAUAAUAUUGAUCAUACAUCUAAUUCGAAUGACAAUAUUGUUCCUAAUAGUCAAGAUGCAGAGAAUAAACCAAAAGCUACUAUUUCCAAGCAUUGUACUGAACCAACAAAUGGGGGAAGUAUACCAACACCUAAAAAUUCCAAGACCUCAGAUUUAUGUAUUAUGCACAGCCAAGCAACUGCACAUGCAAGAUUGGCUGAAUCUUCUGCUCUGAAGACUGGUACAGAUGCAGGAGAGUUAAUUGAUGAUGCCAGUCUUCUAAAUGUUCUGCCCUUGUCUGCUGAAAGUACUGGGAUGCUACCAAAUCGCCCAGAUGAUGUGAAAGGAUCCGACAUUGUGUUGGAGGCCAUACUGGAGGCUGAAGUGGCUCACAAUGCCAAAGAGUUUUUUGCACAGCCUGAAAAUCAAAUAAAACAUGAAUGAGAUAGUAUCUUGUUCUUUCAAAGGUAAGCAUUUGUAAACACCAUUAUGAAAAAUGGAGUCGGGUGAAACCUUUUGGUUUUCUUUUUCCUGCAGAUUUUGCUGUUUCUGAUGUAAUUGCAGAAAGUGCCGCUCCUGUCAUUUGACAGUGGAAGGCAAACCAACAGCACCUUUUUAACGGCAUUGUGAUUGUAAAUAUGAUCUCUCUUAAUUAACUGAUAAAUUUAUCAGAACGCUGAAAAUCCUAGAUGAGGUCCACUUUCUUAGCCUUCUAUUACCAGCUAGAUAAUCUCAGAAGCUGUUGGGUUAAAUAUGCUGUAUUGGCUGUUUCAUGUGAUAAAAUGUCAUAUUGAGUUAAUUUAA